UGGGCUGAGGGGGCGCCUCGGGUGAGGGCGGUGCGGCGGUGGCUCAAUGGUGGCGGCGUACGAGAUGUGACUUUGUAGUGGGUUUGUCUGAGGAUUUGGUCACGGGACGCGUUCUUUUUUAAUUGACCUUUUGUAUUUAAGGCAAUUCUAGUCUUGCUGCGGUAGCCGGUUGAGAGGUGGUCGCGGAUGAUGUGAGCAGCGCUGGAGGGCCUGCAGUGUGUCACCCCCCGGUGCUGAGGUGAUGGAGCCGCUGCCGGAGCUCUACGCCAUCUUCCAGGGCGAGGUGGCUGCUGUGACAGAAUAUGGGGCAUUUAUAAAAAUCCCAGGCUGCAGGAAGCAAGGCCUUGUUCAUAAGACUCACAUGUCCUCCUGCCGCAUAGAUAAACCCUCAGAGAUAGUAGAUGUUGGAGACAAAGUAUGGGUGAAACUCAUUGGAAAAGAGAUGAAAGAUGACAAACUGAAACUGUCCCUUUCCAUGAAGGUUGUUAACCAAGGCACAGGGAAAGAUCUUGAUCCAAACAAUGUUUCCCUUGAUCAGGAUGAGAGAAAAAAACGCACAUUUAGAGACUACACCAGUCAGAAGAUCACACUUGAAGCUGUCUUGAACACUGUGUGCAAGAAAUGUGGCUGCAAAGGUCAUUUUGCCAAGGAGUGUUUCAUGCAGCCUGGAGGGACCAAAUACAGCCUGAUUCCAGAAGAGGAAGAAGAGGAGGUGACAGCAGCAGAAUGUGAAAGACGCAGAAAGAGCAGCUUGUCUGAUGAUUCUUCAAAGAAAAGGAAGAAGGAGAAGAAGAAGAAAAAGAAGCACAAGAGUAAGCAGUCCACUGAGUCUGACUCAGACAGUUCUGACUCGGACAGCGAUGGAGCUCAGCCAGCCAGCAAGAGGGCCAAGCAUUCAGGGAAGACCAGUAAGGCUCAGAAGAAGAAGAAAAAGAAGCAUAAGAAGAAGACCAAAGAGUGACAGCAGGCAGAGAGGGGCACUGCUGUUGUGAAUCCCUGGAAUGUGCUGCUGGGAGCAAGCAGGAGCAAGUCAGUGUGCUCCUUGCAGCAAGUCAAGGAGUUUCCUUCUUCCAAAAGUAAUGCUCAGCCUGUGUUGUUAAAGUUGUUGACUUUGCUGUAAGUUUUCCUCUGUUACCUUAGGCACGGGCUGCCUUUUUCUCCCACUGAGGCCAGUGGGCGUGCUUGCCAGCGUAGUCUAAUUACACCCAUUCAUCAGCCCCGCUAUCCUGUAGCCUCCUGUGGGGCUGGGUAAGCUGCCACCACCCUGCAGGCUCCCCGGUCAGCGUCAGCCCUGAGCUGUGACAUCAGUCCCGGAUGGAGUUGCCUGUAAAAGGUGGAGCUGUGUGUCCCUGCGCCCCAGCCUGCCUGCACAUGUGCUCUGUUGGAUGGGUGCAGCUGCAGUGACUGAGCACAGCCCUGCUGCACAACAGCUCCAAGGAAGGGCACUGCUAUCUGUGCCCUAACCCCACUUCUUUCUCAAUGCAAGGCACUGCCUGGAGGGGCUUGGUUCACAAGUUGGCUUUGGUACUCAAACCCUCCCCCUGCUGCAUUCAUUUUUGUGUCUGUAAACAUUGAAAGUGGCAGAGUAAGAAGCAAAGUGGUGAGUGGUGAUAUUUUAAGUAAACAUUAACUGUGGUGUAUUUGCUGCCUUUGUAAAGGAUGGAAAAUAAAUCUCUCAAAUCUCCAGGUG